GAAGUAGGAAAUAUCCCUGAUGAAACGUGGUGUGUAUGUUGGGGAUUGCUGUUGUCCUGAGGGAGAUUACGCAUUAAGUGUGGCUGCCAAGUCUCUCUGGUCAGAAAAGCAAGUUUUGGUCUACAUUCAGAAACAACAAAGGCUUCAUCCUUGACAUGAGAACAGUCAUAUGGGAUCAAGUAAAAAUAUCUAUCUUGCCUAUUAUUCUUCCUCAACAGUAGUCAAUAGUAGAAGCUUGGGUUAUAUGGGCCAUGACACACCUAGAGGAAGCUUUCCUCCUCAGGCUGUUCCCAGUGAUCAGAAACAUUGGGACAUCAUGAAGCUGCAGCUGGUCUCUUGUGUUUGGCAGGUCCAGUCCCACCUAUGUCCUGGGUCUGAGCAUGUGAAUACUGUUGCUGUCCACAGUGAAGUCCUGUGAUUUUAAUUAUACACUGUACAAGGAGGUGUCUCCUUCUUGCGUUUGAAUCUCCUGCACAGUCAUUUCACAGCUGCCUCUAGGAAUGCCAAACACUUUUUUACCUCUUUCUUUCUGUACCUGAUGUUACAGAGAAGUAAGAAUUGCUGAAGAAAUUGGCCGUGCCCUCUUGGAAUUGCCAUAGAGAGCACAGAGCCAUGAGAGAGCAGACCCUGAAAGUGCAAACUGUCAGGUGGACAUGGUGGCAUUUAGAGUUGGUUUGGAGCAACAGCAGAUUCAGUCUGGCGUUCCCUUCCCUUAAGAGGCAAUUAAAAUGUAAAUGCAGAGAGAGAUGCCAGUUCUGGAGACCUCGUGGAAAUCUGCAGGGGGACGUUUCGGCAGUGACCUUUGUCUAAUGAUCUUAUUGGACCAUAAACUUCCAGGCAUUCUCUGUCUCCCACAUGCUCCUUGUGUGAUGGGUAUGGCUCAGCAGGCAGCAUCAUGGGCUGCUGCUUUUUCGGUCCUGUUGUGCUGAGGAACUGGGCUGUUGGCAUGCUGCAGCUCUAGUAGACAUGGAUGCUGCUCACACAUUUUCAGUCCAGUGUUAGUCCCAACCAAAAACCCUGUGAAAGCAUGGAUCAUUCUUAUCCAUCCCACCUGUUUUCAGUUAUUCUUGCAGAGAGAAACCCCAGAAAGCCAGCAUGAUAUCUAAGGGCUUCAUAUGUGGUAAUCACCACCCUGACCUGCUUCAGACCAGGAGGUGGUGACACUGAACCGAAGCCCAGCCUUUGUGUGUGCAAGGCUGCCUGAGUUAGGUUUCUUAGUAAUUAAACCAGAGUCAGUAACCGACAAUGGGAAAAGGCAAUUUUGCCUCUCAUUCAUAAAUUUCUGACUUAAGCUGCUUUCUGAAUUCAGCAGGAGCUGGGAACAAACAGCUUCUCCCAGAGGAAUAUGAUUUCUAGUCAUCUGAGGAUUGGGAUCUUGCUUCUAAAGAAGGCAAGGCUUCCAGGUCCUGGCAAUUUCGAAAUUAGGAGCCAUCAGUCUGGCAAAACCCCCUUGCUAAAUCAUGAAUGCUCAUGAGCUAUCAAAGCUCUGCAAUGCAAUGAUUCUGCUUUGAUUUAUACCAGUGGGAAAUCUAGCCUUUAAAUUUAGUUCUUGAAUUAGCAGUUGUUUUAAUCACAUGAAGGCAGUCUGCCAGGUUGUCAGGGCCACAUAUGCAAAACACAGAAUGAUUGCUUCAGUGGAGCCCUAAAUAUCUAAUGUUUUACUAAGGCCUUUUUAUUGGGUUUAUGGACCAUUAGCAGAAAGUGUGAUGGGGAGUCAUGCAAGAGCCAACCUGAAGCGGGUGCAGCCUUCUUCAUGGCUUCCUCGUGCGAUUAAGGACCAGCUCACAGGUCAUUCAGUAUUAAUUGGCUCCCUUUGGAGCCUGAGUGCUUUAUGAAUGCUAUUAUAUAAACUGAUAGCAGGGGACUCAAAUCAAUGACCCUGGAGGUCUCUUUCCCUAUUACAGCCACUGUUCCUAAAUAACAUGGCUGUUUCUGCUGAGCUCUAUGAAGCCACAUCAAGAACAAGUUCAGCCACUCGGAUUUCUACCCAGCAACAGUCAGCAAACACUAAACACCAGUUCUGCCACAGGUGGAACUGUCUCUUCCAGAUGUGCCUUGGGAGAUUUUCUCUAGAAAAUGCUCCAUCGUGUGCUCUCCCUCACUUUUCUGGUAGGGAUGAGGACACUGAGCCAAUUUGAGCCUCAUGUUACAGGGCCAGGGAAUCCCUAGAGGAGAUGCUGCAUCUCUGGAAAGGCCUGAAAUGAGGUUUCCCAGUUAUUUAUUUCUAGAAGCCCAGGCAGUCAAUUUUUCUGACCAGCAGUGCUUUUCUGAUACCCCGCCCCGGCCCUAGUAAUACAGUGUGCUGCUAGCAUUACCCAAGCUAAGGAGAAAACAGAGUUGUGUUCCUCAGCAGGGGCCGAACCCCUUUCUACAAAGCUUUUUUUUUGCCUGAAUUUCUAGGAUGGCCUGUAAGUAGAAAUGCAACGUGAUGCAGUAGAGAAUGCGGCUGUAAUAAGAAUACUUAGGAUGAAGUAGUGCCUGGAGAAUAGAGAGAAAUAAGUGUUCAUUCCUCUUCAGCAAUUUCUCUCUCUGACCUUUGUUUUUCACUGUCUCUGUGUUACUUUUCUCCUUCUCUCUCUCUCGAGAUCCUGAAAGCAGUAAUUUAAAAAAGAGGGGAGCAUGAUUCAUGUUCAAUCAGCUUCAACCUGCUUCGUACAGGAUUCUUCUGCAAUAAGCUGGAGAAGAGCUUCUGUUUGGUUGUCACUGGCAGCAUCCAGGCUGGUUACAGCAGUGUGGGCAUGGAGAGCAGAUAAGGGCAUGUGAGCCUCAGCACCGCUUAAGCUGUGGAAAGGAUUACCUGCACUCCAUCCAGUGCACAACUUGGAGUUUGCCUUGUUUCCUGCGGUCCCCAACUCUGCAGACAGCGAUUGUCUUGUUAAUACGGGUGCUGAGAUCUUGGCUAUGAUUGAAACAGGGUCUAGAAUCAGGCAUGUUUUACGUUUAAGCAAACCUGAGAUCUGUUUGCCUCGUUAAAACAGUACUUUUGCAUAUGAAGACCUGUUUUGUUUGGAUUUGUGAGCUCCCACACCCUGAACAUUUACAUGUCUGGGAGGUCCUGUCUCAGCAUCCUCACUGCCGACCAGGAGUCACUCCUGCAUCCCUCCAGCAUCCAAAGGCGCCCGGACACCAGUUGUAAUUCGAUUUUUAUUGCUCAAAAUGUGCUUUUCUACCCUCUUGCGUUUAAGAGAUCCCUUCCUCUACAGCAAGCAGGGAGCCCGCAUCUUACUCCUUGGCAUUUAGCGGUGCUGUUCGCCUCCUCUCCCCGGCUCUUUGUUCCCCGGCCGGGGCUGUCCCUCUGCGGAGACCGGCUCCGGGGAUUUUCCUGUGUCCGGGGGGGGAAAAGGGGGGCUGUUCUGCUCCGGGCACCUCUGUCAGCUGAAGGGGGCGGGAGCUGCAGCCCUGAAGUAGAAAAGGAAGAGGAAAAGAAAGCGCGGGGAGAGGGUGAGAGCCCGCCGGACGGUGGGGCUGAGCCCUGCUGGGGACCGCGGGAGGGAGGAGGAGGAGGAGGAGGAGGCGCGAGAGGAUGCAGCGGGGCAGCGAUGCUGCGUCUGCCUGAGGAGAAGGACAUCAUCCUCGGAGGGGAAGGAGGGAAGUGGGGAGAAGGCGGCCAAGCUCGCACAGAGCCCGCUGAGCUCUCCCGGGGCUCGCCUGGCACCCGAGCAAAGUUUGCCGAGCUCGGUGAACAGCGGGGAGGAGGCAGGUGAGAUCCUUCUCCCAGCGCUUCCAGCCCUGGCUAUGCUGGGACUAGCCAUGGCUUUGUCAUCCCCGACUAAAGGGUGAAGGAAGACGCGGGGCACCCGCUCUCUCCAUCACCUUCCCCGGCACCACGCUCCAAUCCAGGAAUCCCCUGUGUGUAAUCCCUGAUGUUUUAUAUGGAGAUUGAGACAAGAGCAAACAAUGAUCCACUUUGUUCCCAGGCCAAACACACUGUCUUCUAUGUACUCUUGGUUACCCCAUGGUGUUUGUGCAGGUCAUGUCCUAGCUUUGUGAUGGUGCUGUCUCCCAAGUUCUUCUGUCCCCAGGCUGAUGGGAGAGGUCUCUACUUCAGGCAGGGUUCCUUUGGAUUCUCCAGUGACUCCACUGCUUUCUGCUGGGAAAGGUCCAUUAUCAUAUGGAUUUCAAGGCAGCAGGAGACCAAAACUAACCUUCUCAACACAGUGUACAUCCUGUGAGGACUGAAGUGACCUCUGAUGAACCUCAACAUGUUCAGUGAAAAGAGCAGCGCCUCUUUGCCCCAGAAACCCAUCCAGAAAAAGACACGACCUCAGGGCCUCCCCUCCCCUGCCCUCUGCUGUGCUUGUGGACUUUGCAUCAUGCUAGCAGGGAUCAACAUCACCUUAGUGGGAGCAUUUGCCUUUGGGACCUUCAUCCCCAUGAACAACCCUCCCAUCAUCAUCGGACCCAUCUUGCUGGUGGUGGCCUUCACGUUCUUCGGUGCCUGCUGCAUCUGCAGCCGGAGGCCCCCAGCUCAUGGGGCGAGGAAAUCCAAACCAGGUUCCAACAUUGGGCUCAUCAAACCUGGCAACACAGCCUUUGAAAUUGAAACUAGCGAGCACACGGUGCAGGAUACCACUGCUGUUCAGCUGAGCCCCACAAAUUCCCCCAUCUCCUCAAAGAAGUCCACUCCAGUUCAUGAGAAUGCAAAGGCUUGCAAGCUCUUCACCAUGGAAGGCAAUGGACCAGUGGCCAAGUAUACCGCAGGAGGAGAGGCCAUACAGCUCAACUUGCCCAGGGACCUGGCUGCAUCCUAAACCCAGGCAGAGCUUUUGUUAGCAGCCAGCCAGAUGCUGCAAUGGGUGGGCUAGAGAUCCAUGAUGUGCCAUCGGUCAGAGAUGUGGGGAAGCUGCUUGUGAAAAGCCAGCAGACAGACGGGUUUUUCUCUGAAUCAAUUGAAGGGAGGUGGAUGCCACAGCAGGAUAAUUCUGAAUUUUUGCUGAAACAUGCCCAUUACAUGGCUUUAAAAAGAAAAUUGAUUAUGAUGUUGUUGUGAAAGGAUGACUCUCAGUUCCUGGGAAUACACCGGCUUUUUUUGGGAGUGGAUAGGAAGAGGUGAAUGAAUUAAUUUGUCUAGCUUAAUGUGGAAAUGUGAUGGCUGGAAGGAGGGGCUACACGGGGCUGACAAAUGACAGCUCUUUCUUCUCAGAAGUGAAGCAAUUCUUGAACAUAAAAGAAGCAGGAAUGCAGUAAAUUACAGCUUGCUGCCACUCAGUCACAAGAAGAUUUCAGCAUUUUUAGUGCCAGGCUUUUUGGCAGUAGGGACAAAGCUGUGUGUUUGCUAUCGAAAAAGCAGUGUGAAACAAUCUCCCCUCUGUUGAAAACACUUGUCCUGUGUUACCUUCGUUCAGGUGACUUCACCACCCAUUCUAGGAGACAACAAAUCACAAGGAUCACCAUUAGCACUGGUAUUUUCCUCUUGUUUUAAUCAGUUUGAGCUGCAGCCGUGCUGCUCAGUGCAGUAUGUAUCUUGGAAGGUCAGUUACACUGAAUCCUUGGGGAAUCUGGAGUAAGCAGAGAUUGGCAGGAAACUGGAAAUGAAAUCUUUGGGCAACAUGUGUACUGAGUGCUAGGCAGCUUCCUUCCCAUAUUUUUGUGGGAGGCUGGCCUUGGACACACACCAGCUUGGGAAAGGGGCCAAUAACUGUAUGGGCUUUAGUAUAGUUGUGAUGGAAGAUGGUGACUCUUAUUUCCUUCUCUGAAGUGUCUGCAAGAUCCAUUACACAGAGCGGGCAAUCGGCAGUAGAUCUCCUUGCUGCAGGAAACUGGCUGCUCAAUGAACUCAUGAGCUUGCAAAGCAAUGGGAUGAGUUUGCAGGAGAGAAUUUAUCGAGAGCUGUUCAGCACAAAGACAAUAGCUCUGCCUCGGAGGAACCCUUAUGUGAUGCAUUAUUGCUGCAAAAGCUUCAUGUUCUUCAAUGGGAAGAUGGUGCUGUGCUAAUGGGCCUUUGCUCUGACUCCUGUAGUGGCUGUUCACUUGUUUUGGAAGAUAAGGGAUUGGUGUGGGGAAGGACAGUGGUGAUAGGCAAGACCAGUAUGUGGGGAGGUAGCAGCAGGAAAGUGGGUUUUGUGUAGGAACGGCUGCAUAGAUUCUCUGUUAAUGGAAAACCUCAAUUUGAAAUGGGGCUCUUGGGACUUUGAGUGAUUAGGAAGUCAUAUGGACACAAGAGUGACCAUACCAGAUCAUUCCAAAGGCCCAGCUAGCCUAGCAUCCCAUUUCUGGCAGGGCCAAGAGCAAGGUCUGAAGAGCAUGAAGACAGCAAAACCAGGAUGUUGCUUGCUCAAAGUGCUCUCCCAGCCUCCAUGCUCCCAGCUAUUGCUUAGGUGCUUCCUGAUCUGGAAGUGAUAGAUUGCUUGAAGGUAGAUGAGUGUCUAUGGUCUGGUCUCUGCACAAUCAUCUCCUUUAGAGCUCAUUUUCAUGGGUGAGCUCUGCCUCCAGCACCGCUGCCCUUUGGCACACAGGAACUGCUGUACUGAACAAAAGGCUCCCACGGUUUUUUUCCUGCUGGUGACUGCUGUAUCAAUUCAACAGAGUAGCUUGAUGAUUUGGGUUUGAUUCCCAGCUUGCUGUCUCACCAGCCUUUUGGGAUGGCACACAACAAGCUGGAAGUCCUUUAGGGGCUUUGUCCACUUGAAUACAGUUACCGCAUCACUUUUCUUUGAGUAUCUGGAGCCAAAAAUACAGUAAAAUCAAGUGGUAACCAUACAACUCCUUUCCCUGCUUGCUCAAGGCUUGAAAACCAAGUCUGGGGUGUGCAUACCGGCUUUAUUACAGCUACACCACAAAAUGCUACCAGUGAUGGAUAAUACAAUGGCAGACCCCAUGCAAGUAGAAGGCAAAGGCCCCUUGGGCAGGAAUGGAGGCAGAAGUGAGACUUUGAAGGCCAGCUACGAGUUUAGUGUGGUUCACACUUGACUUGCAGCAUCACAGUCAGUACCAUACAGGGAACACUGGCACAGCCCUGGGACCAGGCACAUCCCGUGCUGCACGUGCAGGUUGUCAUAAAGCUAGUGUUGCUCUGGGAGCUGAUGCCCUUGGGACCAAAGAGACGACAACCAGCAGAGAUGGUACCUGGGCAAGCAGAGGUGUAGGACCAGCGAGAUGCUGAUCCCUGGUGUGGUGUGUCUGUAUGCCAAGCCAUGACCCCAGCCUCCUGCCCGCACAGCUAGGUGGGCAUGGGAACAGCUGCUGCCUUCUGAAGCAUGAAUGCCCUGCUUUUGCCUUUUUCUGUCUUUCAGGGUUCCCGUGUCUGUCUGUUGGUCCGCCUCUGUGAUCGGCUGUAAUGUUGUUGUAAAUCUCAUGCCUCCUUGUGUAGCAGGAGACAGGGAGUGUUUCUUGUUCUCCAAGUCAGCGUUUCUAGUGUGAGUCUUUUUCUAAAUGACUAUUUCUGUGUGUGCAAUGUGGAAUUUGGAAACGACAGACCCAUUAAAUAAUUGCACUCA